GUUCAUAGGUACCUACCUUUCUUUCACCACAGCUCGUGAAAGCGGACAAGCGGAUUCAAGUCCGAAUGGAAAUAUCAUUUUCCCUCAGCGAACUUGAAAACUCGUGUGUCUUGCAGACUCCAUGUACUUAUACAUCCAGCGUUCUAGAGAAUCUCCAGCACUUCUCUCUUCAUUGCGUUCGUUGGAAUAUCAAAAUAUCAAAAACUGCCGUAACCUCGGAUCUUCUUUAGUCGCAACUCACAAGUGUAGUAUUACCACGAUUACUGGGUUCAAUCCAACAACAUCAAUCCAGUUCAGUCUCCAGUUCAUUGUACCUCUAGUACCUUUGCGCGAAUUCUGCCUCGAAGACAACUAGAAGAAGGAUGGUUCUCGAAGUUAUCUAUAUUGUGAGGCACGGUUACCGGUCCAACUGGUCCGUGAACCACGAAACCGGAGUCUAUCACUCCUCCGUCCCAACGCCCACGGGGAUUCCAGCUGAUCCAGCACUAUCAAGCUAUGGCGUCGACCAGUCCAAGCAGCUCGGCGAUAAAUUACUUAGCAUAGACCCGCCCGUGGAUGUCGUCUACUCGUCGCCAUGGUACCGUUGUAUCCAGACGAUCAAACCUGCGAUCGACAAAUGGGCUGCUGCGGGCGGGGCAAAGAAAGUUCGGGUAGAGAACGGCGUAGGGGAGUUCUUUGGGGAAGCACGAUUCGAGCAUCCGUCCCCAGCCCCAGUAGAUGAGCUAGAGGUCCACUUCCCAGAUAUCAUGGACCGUUCUUACACUCCUGUUGCGCGUCCGUCUACGAACGGCGAAUCUACUAUGGGACUGCACAACCGUGCCGCCUACGCAUUAGCCCGCAUCAUCUCCGACCUUGACCGUGAUCCGAAGGGACCCAAAUCCGUGGUGAUCUGCACGCAUGCCGCCUUCAUCAUUGCGGCGGGACGAGCGCUGACGGGUCUGAUGCCCGCAGAGCCAGAGGAGCACGAUUUCUCCUGUUACACAUGCGGUCUGUCGAUGUUUGUGAGGCGGACUAAUCACCCAACAGAGGCCGGGGUGAAGGCACCGGUCGCGGAGUGGGAUCCGAAGGACCCGGAGAACAUUCCGGAGCUGGAUUGGAUAGGGGGGAAAGGAGUUGGCGGAGGGUGGGACUGCGUCCAUAAUUCGGACUGCAGUUUCCUCAAAGGCGGUGAGGAGAGAGGCUGGUGAGUGAUCUUAAGCACGUUUUCCUUUACCCCGUCAAAGUCUAUUAUUGCGGCCAUCUUGUGAUCGGAGCGAGAUCGCUGUUCAGAGAUUUAAUCGCGAGCAUUAGGGACUUCUCGAUGGAGGCCAAGAUGGCGGCGAAGCCCGUCGCGAUUGUUGCCGAAAUUGACCCUUCCAUAUCUCCUUGAUUUUGCCGACUGGCUGGGGACGACACGCUCAUACUUCAAACCCAUUCAGGCACUUCUCCGGCGACGAAUCGUUUCUGCAGGACCCGAACGCUUUUAACGAUGCGCAGAACGCGGCGGCGGCGCCAACGGCAGGGAAUGUGUUCGUGUAUGGGGAUGGGGAUGCGGGAGUUAGCUGGAAGGGGCCGAAGCUGUAGCAGGGAGUUCGGAGUAACUGGAAUCAAUAGCAUAGACGAGGGAAUGAUAUAAUU